CACGAGGCGGCAGGGCGGCCAUGACUGCGGAGCAGGCGCUGCCCCUGGGCAACGGGAAGGCGGCCGAGGAGGCGCGGGGGUCCGAGGCGCUGGGCGGCGGCGGCGGCGGCGGCGGCGGGGGCGCGGCGGGGACGCGCGAGGCGCGCGACAAGGCGGUCCACGAGCGCGGUCACUGGAACAACAAGGUGGAGUUCGUGCUGAGCGUGGCGGGCGAGAUCAUCGGGCUGGGCAACGUGUGGCGCUUUCCCUACCUGUGCUACAAGAACGGUGGAGGGGCGUUUCUGAUUCCCUACGUGGUGUUCUUCAUCUGCUGCGGGAUUCCUGUCUUCUUCCUGGAGACGGCCCUGGGGCAGUUCACGAGCGAAGGCGGCAUCACGUGCUGGAGGAGGGUCUGCCCUUUAUUUGAAGGCAUUGGCUACGCAACACAGGUGAUCGAGGCGCACCUCAAUGUCUACUACAUCAUCAUCCUGGCAUGGGCCAUCUUCUACCUAAGCAAUUGCUUCACCACCGAGCUCCCCUGGGCCACCUGUGGGCACGAGUGGAACACAGAGAAAUGUGUGGAGUUCCAGAAGCUGAACUUCAGCAACUACAGCCACGUAUCGCUGCAGAAUGCCACCUCCCCGGUCAUGGAGUUCUGGGAACGCCGGGUCUUGGCGAUAUCCGACGGUAUCGAGCAUAUUGGGAACCUCCGAUGGGAGCUGGCACUGUGUCUCCUGGCGGCCUGGACCAUCUGCUAUUUCUGCAUCUGGAAGGGUACUAAGUCAACUGGAAAGGUCGUGUAUGUCACUGCAACCUUCCCCUACAUCAUGCUGCUGAUCCUCCUGAUCCGAGGGGUCACAUUGCCAGGAGCCUCUGAAGGCGUCAAGUUCUACCUAUACCCUGACCUCUCCCGGCUCUCUGAUCCACAGGUGUGGGUGGACGCUGGGACGCAGAUCUUUUUCUCCUAUGCCAUCUGCCUGGGCUGCCUGACCGCUCUGGGAAGUUACAACAGCUACAACAACAACUGCUACAGGGACUGUAUUAUGCUCUGCUGUCUGAACAGCGGCACCAGCUUUGUGGCUGGAUUCGCCAUCUUCUCAGUCCUGGGCUUCAUGGCGUAUGAGCAGGGAGUGCCUAUCGCUGAGGUGGCAGAGUCAGGUCCUGGACUGGCUUUCAUUGCCUACCCCAAGGCUGUCACCAUGAUGCCUCUCUCCCCAUUGUGGGCCACCUUGUUCUUCAUGAUGCUCAUUUUCCUGGGCCUGGACAGUCAGUUCGUGUGUGUGGAGAGCCUUGUGACUGCUGUGGUAGACAUGUACCCCAAGGUCUUCCGGCGAGGCUACCGGCGAGAACUGCUCAUCCUGGCCUUGUCCAUCAUCUCCUAUUUCCUAGGCCUGGUGAUGCUGACAGAGGGAGGCAUGUACAUCUUCCAGCUUUUUGACUCAUACGCUGCCAGCGGCAUGUGCUUGCUCUUUGUGGCCAUCUUCGAGUGUGUCUGCAUCGGCUGGGUGUACGGAAGCAACCGGUUCUAUGACAAUAUAGAGGACAUGAUUGGCUACCGGCCACUGUCACUCAUCAAGUGGUGCUGGAAAGUCGUGACCCCUGGGAUCUGUGCGGGCAUCUUCAUCUUCUUUCUAGUCAAGUACAAGCCCCUCAAGUACAACAACGUGUACACUUACCCGGCUUGGGGCUACAGCAUCGGCUGGCUCAUGGCUCUGUCCUCCAUGCUCUGCAUCCCGCUCUGGAUCUUCAUCAAGCUGUGGAAGACAGAGGGCACACUGCCUGAGAAAUUACAGAAGUUGACAGUCCCCAGUGCUGAUCUGAAAAUGCGGGGCAAGCUUGGGGCCGGCCCACGGACGGUGACCGUUAAUGACUGUGAGUCCAAGGUCAAGGGCGACGGCACCAUCUCUGCCAUCACAGAGAAGGAGACGCACUUCUGAGUCCCGCCCGGCCACUUGGAUGCGACUCCCACCUUCCUUCCCUGCCUGUAAAUGAAUCCCGAACCUCGUACUUCACCUAAUGUUAGGGGCUUGCUCGUCUGCACAGGACUUAUUAACACGUUAACUCCCAGCCGGCCACUGUGUGCCCUGUACCUUCGCCUCACCCCUGUGAUCAUGGGCGUAUCCACCUCACCAUGAUGAUUCUGUACAGUGACUUAGCAGAUCCUGGCCCAGGGUGACUCAACCCGUGUUCUCUAGAGUCCUUGUAUUAUGCUGUCAACUUUUAUGCUGUGGGCAGGUGAAGUGAGAGAGCCGUGCCCAUCCACCUCUGGUUUUUAGACUUUCCUGAUUUUUGUCUCUGAACUUCCCUGGCUGCCCUCCUCUGUACCCUAGGAACAGUUUGUUUUAUUUUAUUUAGUUUUCUCUUGGUCUUCCCCUCUUCCAUCAACAGGACCUUCCACAUGUCAAGGUUGCAAGACAGAGAAGAAAACAUCCCUCUAUCCUCAGGACUCCUGAGUAAUCAGGAGUAGAUGACUGUCCCACCCAGUGACUUUGGCCACCCCCUUUUUUCUCUUCCCGAGCCUCAGUUUCUCCAUCUCCCAGGAUGAGGGAAGAGAUAGAGUGGGAUGUUCCCUUUGAAGCAGAGAAGACUGCCUGCCUCACUGCCUUGCAGGCCACUUUGACCUGCGGAGACUUGCAAGGGUCUUCUCUGUCCCUUUUCUGACUUCACUGCCCCCCCCCCAGCUUAUCUUCAGUCAGACCCAUCACAAACGAUGUGGGGAGGCGUGUCUUCCUAACAACUGGAGUUUUAGCUUAGAUCUGUGGAGACCAGCCCAUCCCCAGUCUCCGUGGCAGGGGCUCCCACCAUCUAUCCAGCCUUCUUGGCCACCAGCUCUGUCCCUCCUUCCUAGGUAGGGAUAGGCAGAAGGCAACCAUCUCUUCUUACAGCUGCCUGGCCAGGAUCUGUGGCUUAGGAUCUAUGGCCACCCCUGCAGGAGAGCUACAGUGAGGCCUGGGGCUGGAUCCCACCCACAGCCCCUUCCUUGUUCACCCCUUCUCUCCCUCUCAACACCUGCCCUUUUUCUCUACCUUCCUUCCUGUUCCGAAAGAUCCUGCGAGCAGACAUCUUAUUCUGGAGCCAUUCCACCUGCCUGUCACCUGGGUCUGAGGAGCCCUCACUUCCACUUGCCAGAGGGAAGAACAGGGCAUCCAUCCCUCAGGUUCUUCCUUGGAAAUGGAGAACAGAUGUGGUCGGUGGGGCGGUGGCGGGAGAGGCUGGUGCUGUGUCCUCCUGCCUGGCUCGGAGCUCUGGAACUAAUCUCUCUUCCUCAUCUGCUGGGUUUCUCAACUGCUUUGUCUGCCCAGCUACUGGGGGGAUGGAAAAUGGGGCGGGAAGGGGCAUCCUUUCCCUCUUGCUGUAGUCUCCUAGAUUCAUCUGUGGAAAGAUGAGAUUUCUUCAUGCUAAGGCCCCAGUGUCCUGUCAGAGGCCUGAAUUCUCUGUUUACCCAAAGCUUCCAGAUUCUCAGCUGUUCGGCCCAGCUCCCUCCUUUCCACCUAAAGCCUGAGCUGGCUGAGCCAAAUGCCCGGCACCCCCCCCCCAUCCAAUUGGGCACUUGUCCAGGACACACCGCUACCCAGAUGCUCACACACAGGCCAUGAAUUCCUUCUGGGAAGGUCAGCAUCAUCCUG